CGGAAGACCAAAGUCCAACAACUUCAAGCACUUUCUCGUAAAACGGUGUAAUGGAGACAUGCAACAAAGAAAACGAAGAGAUCGUUGAUUCCGCAGAAGGUGUUAAUAAGAAUAGUUCCGUCAAAGUGAUGAUUUCCUUCCCAAAAGAUUUCGAGUGCUGCAUUUGUCUUCAACCAUCGUCAAGUAUUCCGGUCUUUCAGUGCGAUAAUGAUCAUAUUGUUUGCUCUACUUGCUUUCCUCAACUUAUGAACAACUGUCACAAGUGCUCAAUGCCCAUUAGCUCAAAAUGUUGCAAAGUCAUUGAGAAUAUAUCGCAAUCUAUCCAAAUGCCAUGCCCGAACAAAAAAUAUGGCUGCAGGGAGACAAUAAGUCAAAGUGGAAAGAGGAAACAUGAAGAAGAAUGCAUCUAUGUGCCAUGUUACUGUCCCGUUAAAGGUUGUGAUUUUGUUGCCUCAUUAGAAGUGUUGUCCAACCAUUUCAACCAUAAACACGGGGACUCUCUAAUCGAAUUUUCUUAUGGUCACUCCUUCACUGUCUCGUUGAAUUCUAAUGAUGAAGCUGCUGUUCUUCAAGAGGAAAAUGAUGGGAAACUAUUUACUCUCAAUAAUAGUACUAUGCUUCUGGGAAAUGCAGUCAAUAUUAGCUGCAUUGAUGUCAACUCUUCUGAAGCCGGUUAUAGUUAUGAUAUAUUGGCUAGGUCUAAGACAUCCCGUCUGAAGUUCCAUUCUUCUCCGAAGAAUAUCCAACGGUCUACUUCAGCAACUCAUUCAUCAGAGUAUCUCAUGAUUCCAUUUGGUUAUUUUGGUUCUUCUAAACCACUCGAGCUAGAAAUUUGCAUAACCCCCAAGAUGCAAAUAUUCAUAGCACAUGGUUGUGGAAAGAUGACCCCCUUGAAGGUGGAGAGUUCAGACACGAUAGCAAAUGUGAAGGAUAAGAUUCUUGACAAGGAAACGAUCCCAGUGCACCAACAACGUCUGAUGUUUGCCAAUAAGCUACUAGAUGACAGCCAUACCCUUGCCUAUUACAACAUCCAAGAGAAGGCAACCCUCCACCUCAUCCUCCGCCUCCCCUAGAAGUAGAUCAGACAUCAAUGCUAAGACAAAACAUUUGACUUUUGGUUCUCAUGUUCAAGGAUUUGUCUUAUGCUUGUUUUUUGUUUAUUUUGCUUGAGCUCUCUAAUGAUCUUUUUGCUUGCUAUGAUAUUCUGCAAAUGAAGAAACAUACAUUAGCGGAAAUUGUAGUUUAUUUUGAUAUAAUAGAUAGAUGUAAUGACUCCUGCAGUAUAGUCUAACUGUAGCUUAUUGCAGCCCCAAUGUAUAAAAGAAUGAAGUUAUUUAAA